AUGGAACGAGAAAUUGACGAAUUAGAAAGCGAAAAUUGGGCUCUAAAUGUUAUCAACAAUCGUGGACGGCCUGAAAAUUUUCAUAUCGAUUUACCUGAUAACAUUGCUCCAAGUGAUUUGCCUGGUAGUUCAAGACAAGACGACAAUAUUUCAUGCAAAGUAAUAUUACAAAAUUAUCAACAACUAUCGCAACAUAUAUUUUACGAAGAAGUCGAUAAUGAAUCUUGUCAAGAACCCUAUUGUCAUGAUCGAUUAUCAGCUGGUAGUUCUCGAUCAUGGAGUCCAAGUUCUAUCAGUGGACGUCGAGGAAGGCCGUUUACUCGAUUUCGAAGAUACAGCUAUCCAAUUAUUGCCCAGGAUUUUGCUUAUCCAGAGGCGGAUGAUGAACUAAGUGAUGACGAAAUGGAUGGUUUAUCCAACUUACUAAGAUUGGGAUUAACCACACGUGAUGAAUCACCACCAACACGUGCGGCACCCGAUCCACGACAAUUGGCAUUACAACAAAGCAGCGGUUAUCCUAUGGUCAGUAGUGGCAGAUAUCGCAUGCGAUAUGGAAGUAAUCAUAGUAUUUUUUCUGAAGAAAGAAGUCCAGUUCGUCCUCGUCGUCGUCGUAUUCGUCAUGCUGUUAAACGCUACCGCACGAAUAGAUCACGUAGCGAAUCACCACGUGCCUCAAGGAAACGGCGACGUUCGUUACCACCAAUAGCAAGAAGAAGAAUUGUUGAUUAUACCACUUCGGAAAGUGAUGAGGAACCAAUGGAAGAAGUCUCAUACAUCGAUCGCAACAUCGAAAGAAAUUAUCCGUUGAGAUCGAGGCGAAGUGUCAGACCUAUAAGAACUAGUCGAAGACGCUUAUCGCCAUCACAAAAUCCACAUCGGCGUCGACGAUUAUCACAAAGACAUCCACGAUCUCGCUUAUAUCGAAGAUUACGACGCGUUAACAGUGGUCGAAUUACACGAAGAAGAUUCUAG